AGAAAAGAUAUAUUUUUUUAAUUCUUUCUUUGAUUUUUUACUAACAAUAUUUAAGGGCUGGAGAGGAGAUGGUUUUCGUCUUGAAUUUGGCAACGCAACGGAGCCCUUUGGUUCAUUGCUAGUUUUCACGUUGAAUUGGAAAAAACUCUGCUUUUUUAACUGUCAAGCGUAUCGCUUUUGAGUCAUUUCACUACCUACACUGACGUACACCAUUGGUAUGUAUUUGAUAUUUGGAAGCUUUUAAAGGAGUUUUUGCGAAUGGGUCUUUGAGUAUUUUGGUUUUCCUUAACUGGGUGGUGAUUACUUUUUGGUAUUGAGAAUUGCGAGAGAGAGAGAGAGAGAGUUAAAAAGCGAAAAGAAAAUGAUGAGUGUUAAGCAGUUUUGGACAAAGAAGACGUUGGUUGGACUUGGGUUGGGGCAGUUUCUGUCUCUUCUGAUCACUUCCACUGGCUUCUCUUCAUCUGAACUCGCCAAAAAAGGAAUCAAUGCGCCAACAUCUCAGUCGUUUCUAAAUUAUGUACUCUUGACUGUUGUGUAUGGAAGUGUCAUGCUUUACAGAAGGCAAGCACUUAAGGCAAAAUGGUAUUAUUAUGUUGUUCUUGGAUUGGUAGAUGUAGAGGCCAAUUAUCUUGUGGUGAAGGCCUAUCAGUACACAUCUAUAACAAGUGUCAUGCUGCUGGAUUGUUGGUCUAUCCCAUCUGUCAUGCUUCUUACCUUUCUUUUCUUGAAAACAAAGUACAGAUUCAGAAAGAUAGCUGGUGUGAUUGUAUGUGUUGCUGGGCUUGUCAUGGUUGUUUUUUCUGAUGUUCAUGCAGGCGACCGAUCAGGAGGCAGCAACCCUCGCAAAGGAGAUUUAUUCGUUAUUGCUGGGGCAACUCUCUAUGCCAUCAGUAAUGUCAGCGAGGAGUUUCUUGUGAAGAAUGCUGAUAGAGUUGAACUCAUGUCAUUUUUGGGUCUAUUUGGUGCCAUUAUUAGUGCAAUCCAAAUAAGCAUAAUUGAACGCAAUGAACUCAAAUCUAUUCGCUGGACAGCUGGUGCUGCAUUUCCAUUUUUUGGAUUUUCGUUGGCUAUGUUUCUGUUUUACUCAUUUGUCCCGGUGUUACUUAAGAUGAGUGGUUCCACAAUGCUCAAUCUCUCUCUGCUUACCUCAGACAUGUGGGCUGUCUUAAUCCGCAUUUUUGCUUACCAUGAGAAGGUUGAUUGGAUGUACUUUUUAGCAUUUGUUGCCGUAGCUGUUGGGCUUAUAAUUUACUCUGGGGGUGACAAGGAAGAGGAUCAACGCCGAGCUGACGUUGCUGAUGAAGAUGCUGAGAGAAGCAAACAUUUUGAUGAGGAGACUGGUUUCGACAACCUCAAUCGAGGAACUAUGGCUGGAAGCUCGAAAACAGGGGAGACUAGCAAGCAUGAUUGUACCACUAGCACCGGGGCCAGGGAAAUCAUUUCGAACAAAAAUGUGGGAAAGAUAUACAAGGGAAGAAAUCAUGAUAUUACUGCUCCCUCGGAAUAGAGAAACUAUCUACUAUAGGACAUGUAAGAAUGAUCACGCUGAUGACAAGGAAGCAUCAAUUUUGGACAGAUUGUAUUAUCAAAAAGAAAAGAAUGAUGAAUAGUUUGGGGGCCUUAGAGGAACUUGUAAAUGAGUAAAUGCUGUUUUCGUUUCAUUUUAUUGCUUUCACCCUUCUCAUUCCUCUCACUUGGAGCACAAGCAAUUGGUCAACAGCUACAAUUCCAGAAGUUUCAUGGUUUGAAAAACUCUGGGAGAGGCGUUUUCCUCAUAGUUUUGAGGCAAAGGCAAUCGUUGUUUAAACAAUUGGAGGGAAAAGAGAGAAGAAUAAUUGUAUUGCUACAUCUGAGUAAAUACCCUUUUGUUCAAUGAUAAAAGAGGACAUAUGCUUGAGGAAAGUUCUGAACUA